AUGACGCUGCUGCUGGACUCCGCGCGGCUGCUGUUGGCCUUGUCUCUGGUGUUUAACCCUGCGUCCAGUGGAGCCUGUUUAACUGAGGAGUUUAACUGCACUCAGGGUUCAUGUGUGUCUAAGGAUAGUGUGUGUGAUUUUACUAACGACUGUGUGGAUGGCAGCGACGAGGAAGACUGUUCCAGAUAUAAGAGGUGUGACUUUGGGGAGGGGCUCUGUGACUUGACCCAAAGCUCUGAGUCGUUUUCGGAGUGGAUCAGAACAACGGAGGUCCCAGGACUCGAACAUGACCACGCCAACAACCAAUCAGCACAUUUUUUGGCGCUUUUCCCUUCUGGAGGAAACACAACCAAAGCAGAUCUAAAGAGUCCUGUAUUCACACCUGAUCAGACCUGCCAGCUGAGCUUCUACUAUUAUGUCGGAGCAAAGCGUGGAGGUCUUCAGGUCCUGAUUGAACCCCAUCCAUCGGGUCAGAGCACAGCGGUGUGGAAAAACUCCUCACAAACACAAAUGGGAACAUGGCUGCGGACUGUGAUUCAGUUGUCCAGUAAUGACAGUUUUCAGGUGGUGAUUCGCGGGGAGAUUUCAGCUGACAGCGAAGCCUCUGAGAUCUUGGCCAUCGAUGACCUAUCCUUCAGUCCCCACUGCGUGACUGCGCCUGAGAGCAGUGUGCCCCCUCCUCCUGUUUGCCCCCUAUCACAGUUUUACUGUGGCAAUGGGGUGUGUAUAGACGACAGCAAAGUUUGUGACUUCACCCCACAUUGUGCUCAUGGAGAAGAUGAAGCCAAAUGCCCCUCUGAGUGUGACUUUGAGGACGGUUCUUGUGGCUGGUAUGAGCUCACCCUUGGCGAUGGAUUUGACUGGGUGAGGGGCUCGUCUGUGGAAGUACCUCCAGAGUUUUAUGGCCAUCCGCCGCCCCUGGACCACUCAACGAACACCACUGACGGCCACUUUAUGUUUAUAUUAAAGAACAGCAGCAGUCUUUAUCCGAGGGCUGUUCUCCGAGGACCGUGGUUCCAACAGUCGGCCUCCGGUUGCACCAUGACCUUCUGGCACUAUAACUCAGGCAUAUCCGUGGGGGCUGCUGACAUGUACCUCCGCAUCAAAGGAGUUGAAAACAACACCAUCAUAUGGACGACGUUAUACGACCAGGGCACCCGCUGGAACCAGGUCACCGUGCAGCUGGGCCGCAUCACCCGGCCCUUCCAGAUCGCUCUGGCCAAAAUCAGCCUGGGCGUGUUCGACGGCGUCUCAGCUUUGGACGAUGUCACCUUCAAGAACUGCUCGUUGCCUCCCGCCGUGGACGAGUGCCCCAAGCACACACACUUCCACUGUGUGCACACCAAGGCGUGUGUGGAGCACUCGCAGCUGUGUGACCUAGUGGACGAUUGCGGGGACGGAUCGGAUGAGGAGGGAUGCUCUCCAGAGCUGCAGUGUAACUUCGAGCACGGCCUGUGCAGCUGGAAACAGGAGCAGAGUGGAGGAGACGUGUUUGACUGGUCACGCAUCCAAGGCCCCACCCCGACCUUAAACACGGGACCCUGGAAGGACCACACGUUGGGCACCAGCUACGGCCACUACCUCUACAUCGAGUCCUCUCUGCCCCAGGAGUUCAUGGACACAGCUGUGCUCCUGAGCCGAGUCUUCCAGCCGACUCACCGGCGAGGCAAGGACCCGUCCAGUUCACGCCAUCCGUGUGUUUUCCGCUUCCACUAUCACAUGUUUGGCUCGCACGUGUUCCGCCUGGCCGUGUACAUCAGGACCACAGACGCUGGCCGCGGUCACAUGCUGUGGGUACGAUACGGAGACCAAGGCAACUUAUGGCACAGGAAGUCUCUCUAUCUCACCAGCGCUCGGCCCUUUCAGAUUUUGAUUGAAGGAACCGUUGGAGAUGAUUUCAACGGAGACAUUGCCAUCGAUGACCUUUCCUUCCUGGACUGUGUCCCAUAUGAUGGAGAGCUUCCCACAGUAAAUGUCACCCCCCCUGCAGUGACCACCGCAGCCCCCACCGUCCAGCCCCACAGCUGCCCCGAUGGAGAGUUUGCAUGUGUGGCAUACGGAGAGUGUGUCCCUCACAUCAAAGUGUGCGACUUCAGACAGGAUUGCUCUGAUGGCUCUGAUGAGACCAACUGUGUGAAGGAGAGGUGUGAUUUUGAAGGUGGUGACACUUGUGGUUGGCAGGACAUCGACCCCUCUUUGGUGCCCAAACAUGCAUUUUGCUGGUCACCUGACCAAGGGGAAAGCAUUCAUGAUGGAGAGCAGUACCAUCGUCCAGUUAAUGACCACACACUAGGAAGCCCUGGAGGUUGGUACAUGUGUGCGGACAGUUCAAACGGAGGCUACGGUCAUAUCGCAGACCUCCACACGCCCGUCAUCUCCACCACCGGGCCUCUGUGCACGCUGGUCUUCUGGUACCACAUGAGCGGAUUCACUGUGGGAUCUCUGCAGGUGUUGCUGAAGUACGGGAACGUCACUCAUGAGGUUUGGUCUCAGACUGGUAACCAAGGCAACAAGUGGAGACGAGGAGAGGUUUUCAUAGGGUUAUCCAAUAACUUCCAGGUGGUAUUCAGAGCUAAGCGAGGGAUCAGCUACAUGGGCGACGUGGUGAUAGACGAUGUCAGCUUCGUGGACUGCUCCCCUCCGCUUCCCUCGCAGCCGUGCACACCUGAGCAGUACGCCUGCGCCAACGGCCACUGCGUUGCCCAGGACAACCUGUGUGACUUCAUCAACCACUGCGGGGACGACUCAGACGAGAACCCCUACAUCUGCAAGGGGUUUAGCGGACGCUGCAGCUUUGAGUUCGACCUGUGCUCCUGGCGCCAGAGUCGAGAGGAUGACUUUGAUUGGCUGAUCAAAGCCGGCAGCACUCCGACAGUCGGCACGGGGCCGUCGACCGACCACACCCUCAGAGACCCGUCAGGACAUUACCUCUACCUGGAGACAUCCUUCCCUCAGGCUGCCGGACAAUACGCUCGCAUCUCAGGACCCUUACUCAGCCGCACCAGCUCAGAGUGCAAGAUGCGUUUCUACUAUCACAUGUCUGGAGACGGCAUCGGGACCCUCAGCGUGUUCAGGAUGAGUGAGGGUCAUCUACACCUGCUGCUGAACCUGACGGGUGACCAAGGCAACUACUGGCAGAUGAGAGAGAUCCAGCUGAGCUACUCCAGAGACUUCCAGGUCAUGUUCGAGGGCAAAGUGGGACGAAAUCCAAAAGGUGACAUCUGCCUGGACGACAUCACCUUUUCUCCUGGGUGUCUGCUCGCCUACUCGGCCGGAGUAGAGGACAGCACUCCUCCGCCUCCUCCUGCAGGUACACGCUCGUUUCCCCCUGUUUCAUUUUUGCUGAGUUAG